CAUGUGGUUUCCACAGUCCACAGAGGUAAAGCCACCUGAUGAUCUUCAGGAUCUGGGUGUUCGAUUCCUGCAGCCGUUUGUCAACCUGCUGUCCAAGAGCACAUAUUGGUGGAUGAACACCUUUAUCACCUCUGCACAUCAGCGUCCUAUUGACUUGAAGACCAUCGGCAAGCUGCCCAUAUCCACGAGGGCUCUUACUAACUACCAAAGGCUCCGCAAAGCCUUCGACACACAAAGGGAGAAGGGUCCUGUCCCCCUGAAAGGGUCGAGGUGGAUCUGGCGUGCUUUACGUCAGGCAUUCGGUGGACCUCUGAUGCUAAGCAUUACGUUCCGCUUCGUGGCAGACCUGCUGGGCUUUGCUGGUCCGCUCUGCAUCUCUGGGAUAGUUUAUCAUAUUAGCAGUGAUAACCACACCGUUUUGCCUCCGAUCAAGUUGCUUGGCAUGCACUUUAUCUCCUCUGAAGCAUUCUUAGCAAACGCAUAUGUUCUGGCUGUGCUGCUUUUCUUGGCUUUGCUCUUGCAGAGGACCUUUUUACAGGCAUCUUAUUAUGUCGCCAUAGAGACCGGAAUAAAGCUCAGGGGAGCCGUACAGACUAAGAUUUACAAUAAGAUCAUGCGUCUGUGCACCUCCAACAUGUCUAUGGGCGACAUGACGACAGCUCAGAUCUGCAGCCUGGUGGCACGUGACACCAACCACCUCAUGUGGUUCUUCUUUCUCUGUCCAAACCUGUGGGCCAUGCCAGUUCAGAUUGUCAUUGGAGUAAUACUUCUGUAUUAUCUGCUGGGAGUGAGCGCUUUGAUCGGUGCAGCUGUCAUCGCUGUUCUGGCACCUUUGCAGUAUUUUGUGGCCACUCGACUUUCACGUGCACAGAAGAGUACACUGGAACACACAAGUGAAAGACUGAAGAAAACCAAUGAAUUGUUGAGAGGAAUCAAACUCCUGAAGCUCUACGCAUGGGAGCACAUCUUCAGAUCCAGCGUGGAGGAUAUACGCGAGAAGGAGCUGACCAAUCUCCGAGCGUUUGCACUUUAUACCUCCCUCUCUAUUUUCAUGAAUGCUGCCAUUCCAAUUGCUGCUGUUCUCACGAUAUUUGUGGUUCAUGUGAACGUGCACAGUGCGACAGACUUCGAUCUGUCUCCCGCUGUGGCUUUCGGAUCCCUCUCACUCUUCCACAUCCUGGUCACGCCCCUCUUCCUGCUUUCCAGUGUCUUGCACUCCACAGUCAAGGCUCUUGUAAGUGUGCAGAAACUGGGUGAAUUUCUUGGCAGUGCAGAGAUUGAAAUUGAUCAUGAGCCUCCAGUCCAGCCUCCACCAAAGAACAACAGCAGUAUUAAGUCUGUUUAUGCGUUACAGCUUCAGGCCAAGCUGGUAAAUCGUAAGAAUAAAGCCAAACAGGAUGUUAACAGGAACUUUCAGCAAGAAGACCAAGAACUUUCUUUCCGAGAGGAGGAAAUCUGUAUUAAGAUUGUAAAUGGCUACUUCUCGUGGACACAGGGAUGCCCGACUUUAACCAAUAUCAACAUAAAAGUUCCCUUUGGUCAGCUGACGAUGAUCGUAGGGCAAGUAGGAAGCGGGAAAUCAUCACUUUUGUUGGCGGCACUAGGGGAAAUGAAGAAGAUCUCUGGAAGCAUCACAUGGAACAGUUUACCCAAAAGUGAUUCAGAUGAUGAUCUAAGCAUACAUUGUAUGAAUGCACGACAACCACCUGGGAAGAGAGGUCCAGUAGGCUACAUUUCACAGAGGCCCUGGCUCUUAAAUGGCACGAUUGAGGAGAACAUCCUGUUUGACAUGACACCCAGUGAAAAGAGAUAUAAAGAAGUGAUUGAGGUCUGCCAGUUACAGCCAGAUAUUGAUACACUACCACAAGGUGACCAAACAGUGAUUGGAGAAAGGGGCAUCAUUCUCUCUGGAGGCUGUGGGCAGCGAAUCAGCAUUGCCCGAGCUCUUUAUCAACACACCAACGUGGUUUUCCUGGAUGACCCAUUUUCUGCUCUGGACAUUCAUCUCAGUGACCACCUCAUGCAUGAAGGAAUCCUCAAGUUCCUUAAAAAAGAAAAGAGGACUGUUGUCUUAGUUACCCACAAACUCCAGUACUUACCUAAUGCAGACUGGAUAAUAGCCAUGCGGGAUGGGACGGUGCAAACACAAGGGAGCUUAAAAGACAUCCAAUUGGCCGAGCCUGAACUGUUUGAACAGUGGAUAACAUUAAUGAACAGACAAAAUAAAGAAAACUCUACAGAGCUGAGGAGAAAGAGUUUCAGGAGGGCCACGUACUCUACAGACACGUUGGCCACAGAAGAUGAGGAUGAAGCUGCCGAUGUUACUGUUAGCGAAGCAAAAGACAGCUCUAUUGGUACAGAUGAGGACAGCCUCAGGGCGGAGCUGCGUCACAGGACCACUAUACCCUGGAGCUCAUUUGCGACGUACCUGAGAGCCGCCGGUCUGCUACUGCUGCCUAUGCUUGUUCUCUCUCAGCUCACGAAACACUCACUUAUGGUCGCCAUAGACUUCUGGAUCGCUCAUUGGACAUCACAUGUUAUAGCAGCAAGUACAGAGAGGAACUGUACCAUAACACAGGACUGUGAGUUCAGUCACUCAUCAUACUUGCAGGUAUUCUGUGUAUUAUGUAUUCUGGGUAUAGUCUUGUGUCUGGUCACAUCUCUAGCAAUGGAGUGGACGGGUUUGCGGGUGGCAAGGGAGCUUCACUGCAUCCUCCUGCGCACCACUGUCCUUGCACCAAUGAGGUUAUUUGAAACGACUCCCCUAGGGAACAUUCUGAAUAGGUUCUCAACCGAUACUAACACAAUUGAUCAGCAUAUUCCCGUCACCAUGGAGUGUUUGAGUCGUUCCCUGCUGCUGUGUGUGUCUGCAGUUGGUGUGAUCUCUUAUGUCACACCUGUAUUUCUCAUUGCUCUACUGCCAUUGGCUAUCGCCUGUUACUUCAUUCAGAAGUAUUUCAGGGUGGCAUCCAGAGAUCUGCAGCAGUUGGAGGACAGCACCGAGUUGCCUCUACUUUCCCAUUACUCACAGACUAUACAGGGACUUACCACCAUCAGAGCUUUUAGGCACGAGCAGAAGUUUAAGAAGAAACUGCUUGAACACACAGAUGCAAAUAACAUCUCCUCCCUCUUUCUCUCGGCAGCCAAUUGCUGGCUGGAGGUCCGCAUGGAGUAUAUUGGGGCAUUCGUGGUGCUCAUAGCCGCCGUGGCCUCUAUAAGCAAUGCAUUAUACAGACAGCUUUCGGCAGGGCUUGUCGGGCUGGGGCUUACGUACGCUCUCAUGGUGUCAAACUUCCUCAACUGGAUUGUGCGUAAUCUGGCAGACAUGGAGGUUCAGCUGGGCUGCGUGAAGAGAGUCAACAGUCUGAUAAACACGCAGCCUGAGACUUAUGAUGGACUCAUGACUCCAGCUCAGAUUCCUGCAGGAUGGCCGAAAUACGGAGAGAUCCAGAUCAAAAAUCUGAGUGUGCGCUAUGACAGCAGCUUAAAACCUGUACUAAGACACGUCAAUGCUCACAUUAAACCCGGACAAAAGGUGGGAAUAUGUGGAAGGACAGGAAGUGGAAAGUCGUCCUUUUCUUUAGCACUUUUCAGAUUGGUGGACACGUUUGAGGGUCAAAUUAUUAUUGAUGGUAUUGAUAUAGCAAAGCUGCCUCUUCAUAGUCUACGAUCAAAGUUUUCCAUCAUUCUACAGGAUCCUGUUUUAUUUAGUGGAACGAUAAGGUUUAAUCUGGAUCCAGAGAGAAAGGCCACAGAUAAAAUGCUUUGGGAAGCUCUUGAAAUUGCUCAGCUGAUGCCGGUUGUUAAAGCUUUACCUGGUGGAUUAGACGCGAUGGUUACAGAGGGAGGAGAGAAUUUCAGCCAGGGCCAGAGACAGCUUUUCUGUCUGGCUCGAGCUUUUGUCAGGAAGAGCAGUAUACUUAUAAUGGAUGAAGCUACAGCAUCUAUUGAUAUGGCCACAGAAAGCAUUCUGCAGAAAGUGGUCAUGACCGCUUUUGCCGAUAGGACGGUGGUCACAAUAGCACAUCGUGUUCAUACCAUCCUGGGGUCAGACGUUGUGAUCGUGAUGAAGCACGGUGCCAUUCUUGAAUACGAUGAGCCUGAUGUCCUACUGGACCAAAAGGACAGCGUUUUCUCUGCGUUUGUCCGAGCGGACAAAUGAUGUACGGAUGAAGGCUUCAUAUAGGAUUUGGUUUAUGUGUGGUUUUAUACAGCUUGUAUAUUAUUUGUAUUGUAAAAUAAUAAACUUGUAUACUUUAUGAACUAUAUACCAAAGGAGUGUCUCAGCAAUGUG